AAAAAAAUAUUUUAAGCAGCAACGAUGGAAAGUGCGUCUGAUAAAAGUGAAGUCGUGAAAAGUCGCGCGGGAAGUGGUGGAAAGGGAUACAGCGGGGCGAAAAAAAUCGGAAAAGGUGCGGCGAUCGAGAAAAUUCGAGAUAUGUUCGAGCGCCUGACCGGCUUUGCGUGCGAAGAUCUGUGCAGUUUCGAAGGAUUUGCGAGGGCGAUGUACCGGCCCGUCGACCCGGCUAGUCUCGGGGUCGCUCGAGCACUGUUUGGUCUCUGUAUGGUCGUCGACGUGGUGGAGGAGCGCGGUUUGGCCAACAUAGACCUGAAAUGGGGAGAUCCUCAUGUUUGCCACUUCCCGUUGAUCCACGGCAUGCGCCCACCGUCCCUGCCCUGGAUGACCGUCCUAUACGCGCUUAUGUGGCUCGGAGCGUUCGGCAUGACUCUGGGCCUCCACUUCAAAAAAUCUUGCGCCCUGUUCGCUCUGCCCUACUGGUACAUACACCUGCUCGACAAGAGCCACUGGAACAACCACUCGUACCUCUUCGGGCUCGUCGCUCUCCUGUUCUGGGGCACGAGCGCCAACAGAUACCUUGCACUGGACGCGAGACUGUACGCGAGCGAGGAAGAAAAGAGGAGCGUGCCCUACUGGAACUACUUUAUCCUGAAAUUUCAAUUUUUCGUGCUUUACUUCCUUGCGGGCCUGAAAAAGUCGAGCAGAGAGUGGCUCGAGGGUUACGCCAUGGUCGACCUAUCGAGACACUGGGUCUUUGAGCCAUUCAAGCUACUACUAUCGACGCGUCAAACGGACUUUUUCAUCGUCCACUGGUUUGGAUUCGUCUUUGAUCUGACGGUCGGCUUUUUCAUGCUUUUCGACGAGACGCGCCUACCUGCCAUGUUCUUCUGCACCAUGUUUCACCUCAUGAACUCGCAGCUCUUCUCCAUAGGUAUGUUCCCCUUCGUGUGCCUGGCCACAAUGCCGCUCUUUUGCCAUCCGGACUGGCCGAGGAAGUACCUACGUGGAAUCCCGUGGUCGCGUCAAAAGGCAAACCAACACUCGGAGAAAUCCAUGAUCAAAACGGGGGAAACAACUCGUACAACCAGUCCUCGUGACUCGCGGAUCGAGAGGCCGAGCCGAGUUUCCGGAGGACAGAAGCUCGUCGCUGCGGCGCUUUUGUUUCACAUGGGCGCCCAGUUUUUCCUGCCCUACUCGCAUUUCCUCACAAAGGGCUACAACAAUUGGGUGCCGGGCCCGUACGGCUACUCCUGGGACAUGAUGGUCCACGCCUGGGACACUGUGCUGGUGGUGGUCAGGGUGCGGGACAACCAAAGUGGCAGGGAUCACUUCUUGGACGGGGACGCCUGGGUGCUCAACGACAGGUGGGCCAAACACGGGGACAUGGUCAGGCAGUACGCGCAUUGCGUCAAGGACAAUUUAGAGAAACUGAAGGGAUGCUCGAGCAGUGGGGCAGCACCAUGGAGGAACGUAUCGUCCGACAUAAGCAUCUACGUGGACGUUUGGUGUUCAUUGAACGGCAGAUUCCAGCAGAGGCUGUUCGAUCCGAACGUGGAUUUGCUAAAGGCCGACUGGCAUCCCUUGAAACCUGUCUCGUACCUCAUGCCCCUCCUCGAACAGUUUAGUCCGUAUCGUCCCGAGCUCGAGCGCAUCCAGCAGGAAGUGCUGUCCUGGUCGAAUCACACGGACGUCCUCUUCGUGGCCGACUACCCGGGCCUGGUUUUCGAGAACUACGUGGGCGCGAACCUCGACAACGUCACGCUGCACGUCCUCGAAGGCGAGGUACUUUACCGCAGCGAGGAGGAGGAGGAGGCGAAAAACCACCACCGGCCGGCGCGGAUGAAUGGGGAGGAAGGAUACGACGCCGGUCGGACAAUGGCCAAGGGCGGCUACCUGCGGGUGGAGACCGGAAGAUUCCACAGUGUCGAAACCACGAGCGCGCAUCCGGCCUGCUACAUGUACACGUUCGCCCAUCAUCAACGGGAACACCUGCCCGCGCGGGGGACGAAGGAGGCUGCGGAAGCGCUGCCGAUCGUAGGAGAAAUCGGGCGCAAAGUGGGGCCGUUCGGUCGAGCUGUUGGACACGUCGCCCAUGCCGUUGUCCAUCUCGUCCUCGACGUGCCGAUGGCGCCUUAACGACUAUCCAGUGACGAUUAAAACGAAAGAUCGUUACAAUAUUGGUGUUUGUCUUUGUGUUGUA